ACAGUGCCAACAGUGGGACCUGUACUUUGAGCAUGGUGAUGGCCAGCACCACUGGCUACCCCACGAGCACUGGGAUGCCAAGGAACGUUGUCACCUCUACUGCGAGUCCAAGGAGACCGGGGAGGUGGUGUCCAUGAAGCGCAUGGUGCACGACGGCACACGCUGCUCCUACAAGGACGCCUUCAGCCUUUGCGUGCGCGGGGACUGCAGGAAGGUGGGCUGUGAUGGGGUGAUCGGCUCCAGCAAGCAGGAGGACAAGUGUGGUGUGUGCGGAGGAGACAACACCUGGUGCAAGGUGGUUAAGGGCACGUUCACACGCUCCCCCAAGAGGCACGGCUACAUCAAGAUGUUUGAGAUCCCUGCGGGAGCCAGGCACCUGCUCAUCCAGGAGGCAGACGCCACCAGCCACCACCUGGCCCUCUGAGAGCCGCUGGCUGAAGUGUCUGCACAAGGACUCCCCGGAACUGGAGCUGGGAGGAGGAGUGUGUUUCCAUGGACAGUCCUCAUCCGACAUGGAGGAGUCAGACCCUCCCUUCAGUCAGGA